GUAUGGUCGGUGUAUUCGUUGAUUUGUGAGUCCCCCUGAACAGACGAGAUUAUUAAUAGUGAAAUUGGCCUACCCAACAAGGCGAGCCUCUCGGGGACGAAUCCGUCCGAGAGAGCGAGGCUGAGAUGUGUGUGACAGGAACCCCCGGAACCGCUUAAACUGGGCCCUACCGUGUACUCUUAAAUAAGUAUGUUUCCUUUGCAGUUUUCCGAGGUGUCGCUCCCCGCCCAUUCUUUGGACACGCCUCUGGAGGAUCACUUUGGUCCGAUAAUGAAAGGCCACGAGGUGGGCGGGACGGCGGUGGAUGCGGUGCGCGCCUCGCCCCAAACCGGCGUCGACGAGUGGCGCGAGUACGUGGCUGGCGGCGGGGCGGCUUUGGUGGCCAUCACCAUCACCUUCCCCAUCAACAAGACCAUGUUCCGGCAGCAAGUGCAUAAUAUCUCGCCCGCCGAAGCGGUCCGGCAAUUGCGGGUGGAGGGCGGGAUGCAUCUGUACCGAGGUUUGCUGUCGCCGCUCCUCAUGAAGAUAUCCACUCAAUCCAUCAUGUUUGGCUCGUACUUCCAAUAUUCUCGCCUCAUUCAGGAGCACACUCAUCUGACCCCCACGUACGCCAAGUUAAUGGGCGCCGUUCUGGCGGGUGUAUCUGAGGCGUGCAUGAUGCCUCUGGAGCGCGUUCAAGUGCUGAUGCAAGACUCCAAGUUUCAUACCCAGUUCCGGAACACGCCCCAUGCGCUUUACUCGAUUCGAGUCUACGGCCUGCGGGAAUAUUACCGGGGCCUGUCAGCCAUCUUAUUACGUAACUGUCCCGGUAAUGUGAUAUUCUUCGGCUCUCGCGAGCGCAUCAAGGCCGCCUUACCCGAUACCUGGACCACGGGCACAUAUGCCUCCAAUAUCUCCGACUUUUUUGGCGGGGCCUUCUUAGGGGCCUUGAUCAGCACCAUGUUUUAUCCCGUGAACGUGACCAAAACCCACCUCCAAUUGCAGGUGGGUGGACCUUUUCUCCAGUUCCGUGCCGUGUUUAAGAUGCUGCUCGAAGAGCGGGGCCUGCGAGGCAUGUUCCGCGGGGUGCACAUCAAUUACACCCGCUCGUUUCUCUCUUGGGGGAUCAUUAAUGUGUCAUAUGAGAAUCUGAGCCAUCUCCUGAGACGUUGGUGACCUUGGCCCGCUUUUGUGAACUUUGCCUGUGAUGAGGCUUCUCUCUGAAUGAUGGGAAGUGUCGUGGACGUCACGGUUACGAACUGACACACCUUGACCCGCACCACCUGUGCCCCUCAAAACACUUACUAGCCAAACUGCUUUGUCAAACAAGUCAAACGAAGAAAACAUACGGCCCCAUUGAAGGUCUUUGUUCUUCGCCUCAAACUGAAUAUUGUGUUGUGCUACUUUGCCCUAGCCAAUUCGUACUUUGAUGCAAAAUAAAGCCAACUACGAGUGCAUAAGAGUCUAAAACAUGUAUAAUUCGGAGUAGUAAUUCAGCUCGUUGAUCUUGUCCUUGCAGA